UAAUUUAUCUGCAUCUCAGUGUUUAGAAAGAAGUCAUGUGAGCUCCUGAGCUGCGGGGACAGAGACAGUGGAGAACGUGUGCAUCAGUGCAGAGUGCUGCUGGAGCCCUGGCAGAGCGAGAGGGAGGCAGAGGGAGCCUGAGAGAGAAAAGGCGAAGUGGUGGGAGCUGGAACAGCAGCAAUUGCUGCUGCUGCACGGUGCAGCUCGUGCCUGGGAACCGGCUCUGCUGCCAGCAUGCCUCUCUGAGGGCGCAGGUGCUUCACAUUCAAAAGUCCUAGUGGUCAGUGGCACUUCCAGGAGCCAAGCACAGCGGCUUUAUUCUUUUCUUUUCCUGUAAACAGCACCUGUUUGAGGACUUCGCUUCUUUUCCUGGAUUGAAAGCAUACUUGCCUCCUGCUGUGUGCACUCUCCUUGCGGUCUCCUUCCUGCCUGUGGGGACUGUCGCCCUAUGGAUGCCCCCAUACAGAUUUUCCGUGAGGAGCCAGACUCCACCUGCUCCCCAGGGCCCUGCCGGCCCCCCAGUACCAGCAGCAGCUGGCUCCCGGGCUGGGCAGACUAUGACAGCAAUGCCACUGGGGUCUUUGGGGACGGCCAGCACAACCACACCAGCAUCUCCCCCGCCAUUCCCAUCAUCAUCACUGCUGUCUACUCGAUGGUCUUCGUUGUCGGCUUGGUGGGAAACUCCCUGGUCAUGUUUGUCAUUGUAAGGUACACAAAGAUGAAGACAGCAACCAACAUCUACAUCUUCAACCUGGCUAUGGCAGAUGCGCUUGUUACCACCACCAUGCCCUUCCAAAGCACCGAGUACCUGAUGAACUCCUGGCCUUUUGGUGAUGUGCUAUGUAAAAUAGUGAUUUCUAUCGACUAUUAUAACAUGUUUACCAGCAUUUUCACGCUCACCAUGAUGAGUGUCGAUCGAUACAUUGCUGUGUGUCACCCUGUGAAGGCUCUGGACUUUCGUACACCUCUCAAAGCAAAGAUAAUCAACAUCUGUAUCUGGCUGCUGUCCUCAUCUGUUGGUAUAUCAGCAAUAGUUCUUGGAGGCACCAAAGUCAGGGAAGAUACUGCUAGCACUGAAUGCUCCUUGCAGUUUCCAGACAGAGAUUAUGUGUGGUGGGACAUCUUCAUGAAAAUCUGUGUCUUUGUCUUUGCAUUUGUUAUUCCAGUUCUCAUUAUAAUUGUUUGCUAUACUCUGAUGAUUCUGCGCCUGAAAAGCGUACGGCUUCUCUCCGGGUCACGAGAAAAAGAUCGAAACCUGCGUCGCAUCACCAGGUUGGUUCUUGUGGUUGUGGCAGUUUUCAUUAUCUGCUGGACUCCUAUUCACAUCUUUGUGCUGGUUGAGGCCUUAGGGGACGUGUCCCACAGUACUGCUGCCAUAUCCAGCUAUUACUUCUGCAUUGCUUUGGGUUACACCAACAGCAGCCUCAAUCCAAUCCUUUAUGCGUUUUUGGAUGAAAACUUCAAGAGAUGCUUCAAGGACUUCUGCUUCCCCUUCAAGAUGAGGAUGGACAGGCAGACCACCAGCAGAGUCCGAAACACCGUGCAAGACCCAGCUUACAUGAGGGAAGCAGGUGGGGCAAACAAACCUGUAUGACUAGUCGUGGAAAUGUCAUCUUACUGUCCUCAGGAGAGAGAGGAGUCCAACGACCUAGGACUGACGCAGAUUACCACUGCAGUUUGAAAUCGACCCACCCAGACAGACAUUUCUGGAAUAUUUCAGAAAUUCCAGGAGUUUGAACUAAAGCAAGUUUGUUACUUAUAAGCAAGAACCUCCUGAAAAUAAGCUCAAAUGAAAAGGACCUGGAUGAUGGCAGGUUUUGGCACCAUAUCUAUUGUAUUUGAGCCAGCACUAAAACACACUUCUGCAGAGCAAAGAGAUAGUGUUGCACCAGGUGAUUCUGGAUAAGAAUAGUUCUGGUUCUUCUCUUUACGAUAUGUAAUAUAAGCAACAUUUGGUUAUAAAACUGAGCUAUACUAGUUACUUCUGCCCCAACAGUGAUUGCUUCUAAAGUACAGAGUUUGACAACUUGAUCCUCUUUAAUAGCAAGGAGUAUUAGGUUUCUGUGAACAAUGCCAGAGCUAUAAUCAAUAUUGUCCUCGAUUAAUAUAUCUGUUACCCUUGUUUGUUCUGUGAAAAUCCAAUUUAAGCAUGAUCUACCUACACACCAAAGUGAUUUUAUUGUGUCUGUUUAUGGUAAAGCCUUUUGGCAUUCAAAAAUAUUGGAAUUUAAGGAUAAUUAUUAUCACAUGUUUAAUCACCUGUGUGUAAUGUUUUGUAUGUGCGAUUUUCCAAGGUGACUGUUUCUUUAUUGAGUCGGAAUAAUAUAAUACGCAUUUUCAGAGUGUGUAUUGAACUAGAGGCUAAAAAACUUCAAAUGCUUCACUGGUUGCAAAAUUGAUGAAAAGCCAUGUUACAUUCAUUACAUGGAAGAAACACUCUCAUGUGUACCUUGUUUUCCUGGAUAAUAUGUAAGCAGACUGAAAUAAAUAUUUGACAAAUUAGAAACAAGUGAAGUAGCAUGUGAACUAACUGGAUUGAUACAAAGGAAAUAAAAUAUUACUGGAUGCUUU